AGCCGGCUGCGCAGCGGAGCUUGCUGUGCGUUCUGAGCUUCCCAGCGUCUGCUCCCGGCCGCCGUGCCCGGGUGCCAUGGCCGCGGCCACCCUCCCGCCCCGGCCRAUGGCCCUGCUCCUGCUGCCGCUGUUGCUGCUUCUGCUGCGGGCUGGCCCGGUGCUUGCCAACAGUAAGGUGUUCGGUGACCUGGACCAGGUGCGGAUGACGUCGGAGGGCUCGGACUGCCGUUGCAAGUGCAUCAUGCGACCGCUGAGCAAGGACGCGUGCAGCCGGGUGCGCAGUGGGCGCGCGAGGGUGGAGGACUUCUACACCGUGGAGACCCUGAGCUCGGGCACCGACUGCCGCUGCUCCUGCACCGCACCACCCUCCUCGCUCAACCCCUGCGAGAACGAGUGGAAGAUGGAGAAACUCAAAAGACAGGCACCUGAGCUCCUCAAGCUGCAGUCUAUGGUGGAUCUCCUGGAGGGCGCUCUGUACAGCAUGGACCUGAUGAAAGUGCACRCCUAUGUCCACAAGGUGGCCUCCCAGAUGGACACACUGGAAGAGAGCAUCAAGGCCAACCUGAGCCAGGAGAACGAGGUGGUGAAGGAGAGCGUACGCCAUCUCACGGAGCAGCUCAAGAGCUACGAGAACCACUCGGACAUCAUGAUGAGCAUCAAGAAAGAGCUGUCCAGCCUGGGCCUCCAGCUGCUGCAGCGGGAUGCAGMUGCUGUCCCUGCCGCUGCCUCCGCCACGGGCCCCCAUAGCAAGGUUCAGGACACAGCUGGAGGGAAAGGCAAGGAUACCAACAAAUAUGGCGGCAUGCAGAAGAGCUUUGCAGACAGGGGCCUCCCAAAAGUGCCUAAGGAGAAGCUGCUGAAGGUGGAGAAGCUGAGGAAGGAGAGCAGCAAGGGCAGACUCCYCCAGCCCACAGCCAAGCCCCGAGCUCUGGCCCAGCAGCAGGCCGUGAUCCGGGGUUUCACCUACUACAAGGCAGGCAGGCAGGAGGGGACUGAGGCCAUAGCUGACAAUGCCCUCAAGGGCACUUCCUGGUUGGAGCAGCUGCCACCCAAGGUGGAGGGCAGACCCCCCGAGGGCAACUCUGCAGAGCUGGAGCAGGACAAGGCUGGACCAAGGGCCUCAGAGGGAGUCAACCUGGGCCCCGACACCCCCACCUCAUACCCUGCCACCACCACCAGCACCAGCCCAGCCCCCACCACCACCAGCACCAGCCCAGCCCCCACCACCAGACCCCUGCCCACGGAGCCACCUUCACGCCCAGAAGCCCCUCGCCAAGGCAGGGAGGCCAGCUGCGAGGGCACCCUACGGGCUGUGGACCCCCCCGUGAGGCACCACAGCUAUGGGCGCCACGAAGGGGCCUGGAUGAAGGACCCUGCGGCUCGGGAUGACAGGAUCUAUGUCACCAACUACUACUACGGAAACAGCCUGGUGGAGUUCCGCAACCUGGAGAACUUCAAGCAAGGCCGCUGGAGUAACAUGUACAAGCUGCCCUACAACUGGAUCGGCACUGGCCACGUGGUGUACCAGGGCGCCUUCUACUACAACCGCGCCUUCACCAAGAACAUCAUCAAGUACGACCUGCGCCAGCGCUUCGUGGCCUCCUGGGCGCUGCUGCCCGACGUGGUGUACGAGGACACCACACCCUGGAAGUGGCGCGGCCACUCGGACAUCGACUUUGCCGUGGACGAGAGCGGCCUGUGGGUGAUCUACCCCGCCAUGGACGACCUCGACGAGGCUCAGGAYGAGGUGAUCGUGCUGAGCCGCCUGGAUCCCAGUGACCUCUCUGUGCACCGGGAGACCACGUGGAAGACGCGGCUGCGUCGGAAUUCCUACGGGAACUGCUUCCUGGUGUGCGGGGUCCUAUAUGCUGUGGACACCUACAACCAGCACGAAGGCCAGGUGGCCUACGCUUUCGACACCCACACGGGCACCGACGCUCGGCCGCAGCUGCCCUUCCUCAACGAGCACGCCUACACCACCCAGAUAGACUACAACCCCAAGGAGCGGGUGCUCUACGCCUGGGACAAUGGCCACCAACUCACCUACACCCUCCACUUUGUGGUCUGAGCGGGRACCUGUGUUCACAGGAGAGGCCACAGUGGGCAGGGGGACUCCCCCCAGCAAUUCCUGCAACCCACGGUCAGCAAGUAUUUCUUGGGGCAUCCGGGGCUGGGGGCUGGGCCUGUGGUAGCAGCCAGGAGAGCACCUCCUCAGCACCCAGCCAGUGACACUCUCUUCUUUGUGCACAGCACGUGCCAGGAGCUUGACCUGCACUCAGCCUUUCCAUCCUCCCAACGCCUCCCUUGGAGGUUGAGGUCAUCAAGCCCAUUUUACAGAUGAGGAGAAUGAGGCCCAGAGAGAUAGCAGCCCAGUUGGGAUCAGGCAGGCUGUGUUCCUGUUGUAGCCUAUUUUGCAGAAGAGGUGAUUUCACCAAGCUCUCCCCCUCCUCCAGCCCUCUCCCCUCAUCUCCCCUAUCCUCCCAGCCUCCCUUCCCACGGCGGCUGCGCAAAGCCAGAGAGGCCUUUGGGGCCAAUGCACUGGUGUUCCAUCCCGGGCCCUUGUUCUGGUUGAGCUAUUGGUGGCCUUGGGCUUUGGGUCCCUGGGCCAAUGUCUCUGCUUCUUGCCUUUGGCCAGCCCCCCUACCUCACCCCACCCUCUGUCCAGCCACAUUCCGAACCUCCACCGUCACCUAGCCACUGAGCAGAAACCACGCCCCAAGAGAAAAUCCUGGCGGAUGUCCGGAGGCCCCUCCCUCCUGCCCUCACUCCGAUUCGCCCUCCUUCUUCAGCAGCAGCUUGUGUUUCUGCAGCAGCUGGGAAGGCCCCAGGCAGCUGGCCGAGCCCUGUCCACCCAAAGCACUGGCUUAGGCCUUGGGUCCCCUUCCUGGCCCUUCCUGUGGGGACUCAGGUCCUUUCUCUCUGGCCCUUCAAAGCCACAACCUACACACACUCAGGGAAACCCCCAGGUCUGCCAUGAGAAGGCCCUCAGCCCCAGGUGGGCUGGUCCAGGAUGGCACGGGUCCCUUUUCCUGGUCAGUCUUGGCCUGAUCACUGCUGGGGCAGGCAGGUCUGAGCAACAAGCUUUUCCUGCCUUCAAAAUAUUGGUCCAGGGCUGCCUCGAGCCCAGGAUUUGGGGCUGAGGAUUCCCAGGUGGGCCACUUGGUCUGGUGCUUCUGAUGGCAUCCCAGAGUCUCAGACCCGGGCAGCCCAGACCUUUAAAUGACAAGACCUUUAAACCUGAUGCUCAUUCCUCCAGACAGGAGCUUUAGAGCUGAAAAGAAGCUCUAAAGGAAGCUGCCUUGGGUUCCUCCCUUGCCACUUAAAGAAACUCCUUUUUUUUUUUUUUUUUUUGUCAAAAAGAAAAUAGGCCCCCAAAGGCUUAGAAGAUGGCUUCGAGGCACACACAGCCAGUCUCCUUCCAGAAGGGCUUUGUCUAUAUCCUUUUUCUCCUGGCUCAGAGCUGCUCUGCCUGGAAAGGCAAUCGGUGGCACCCAAGCCACCUAGCACCUUUGAAGGUACCCACUGCCAAUCCCUACUGCCCCUGGACCUGCUGCCUUCCCUGAGCCCACCUGCCAGCUCCCUGCAUUUCUGUAGAUUUGAACACCCAGUUGCCCUGUUAGGGAGUUCAGCCACCUGGCCAUGAGGGCGAGGAAGUGCAUUUUGUUCGGAGAACAUUUCUCCCACCAUUGUCAGGUGAUAUUGCUUGGCUUAAGCUAAAAUUCACCCCUGGAAUCAAGAGGGACAAUGACACCCAACCAGGCCAGGUCUGACUCAUAGAGGAGGACACAUCCAGCCUCCCCCACCCAACUUAGCCUCUUCAGGGGGCUGCGGGGCCUGGCCUUUCCCUUGGCCCUGGGUGUGGGUUUUACAAGGCUGUGUUUGUGAUGUCAUAGCCCAGCCAUGUGAGUACAGGCCCCAUUUCUUCAUUAGUCUGAGACAAGGGAGCAUUGGAGAGGGCUGGUUUUGAAAACUUAAAGGACAAGCAGCCUUGUUYUCCAAGGGACAUGAUGCUGGUCACGGUCCCCAAAUAUGCACYGGGCCCUUUCCGUUUUCAAGGCCCUUGUAUGUGCUUUAUGUGCUAAGGACAGCUCUUUUCCUUUACAGAUGGUCACGCAGGAGUCCAGAGARGUUAAGUCACUUGUCACAUGGGCAGCUGAGGGAAGGUUCAGUGUUCAGAGUCAGGUGAUAAAACAGUGCCACCCACAGGUCCUGUCCUCCUGACACGGUGGAAGAUAAACACUCUGAAUGUGACCAUGUUAUAAGCAAGGACACUGAAGUCACACAGGAGCUUAGCCUGUGGCAGACCUGGGGUUUCAGAACGUGUUCUUUGCCACCUGUGGCCACUUUAAUGGCAGCUCCAGAAGCGGUGGUCAUUGCUCUUAUCUGGUGUGGCCAGGAGGGGAGCCACAAGAAGGGGAUGGGGGCCAGCUUGUACAGAACCUUGCAUGCCAAGCGAGUCGUGUCUGGAGCAAAGUGGAAUUUAAAUUGGCAGAGAAAAGGCAAUUUUAAGAUGGAUUCUACAUGGAUUUUUUCCUGUCUGUGAUUGAAAGUGGGAAGGAUGUGUGUCGUGGGGAACUGGCACCAGCCCGUAUCUGYCAACUUGUAGGCUCUAAAGGAAACCUGACCCUGUCAGCUAUUUUUUAAAAUCCAUCUUGGGCUUUAUUACAUUUGGCAACAAGUACUUCAAACAAGGAAGGGCCUGGACCAGGGAGGGCCACCGUUUCUUACUGACCUUGGCUGUGAAGCCAAAGGAAGCGGUCUCAUGUUUCCGAACAACGUGAUGCGUGAAGGAGUUUUGGCUGCUGCCUUGGAUUCCUCCCUAGAGAUUUCCAGGCCUUAUCAUUAUUUUUUCCCCUCGUGCUGGGGGUGGAACGAGGGCCUGGCACUUGCUAGGUAAAUUCUCUAUCACUAGGCCACACCCCCAGGCCCACCCGGUCCCCAGGCCCCCGGGUCCCCAGGUCUUGAAUUUAAUCUUCGSACUCUGGGGAGGAGGGAAGAUGCCUCUUCCUUGGGGCAGCAAAGAAGGGGAAGUCAGGCAAUUCUCCGGACCGAUAGGAGAGGGCCUGACAGCCCGAGUGUUCCAGAGCCCCUUUUGCUCCACUGGAGACAGCUGAGGUUUCAGAAGGACACAGCGYUGUGCGGCUGUCAGAGAUGGGAAAUAGUAGAAGUCCAGGUCUGGAACCCAGCCUCACCUCUUCCAUGCUACAAGCUUGGGCAAAUUCUUUACUCAGGGGAGGGACAUUAACUCCUCAUACAGCUGAGGACAUGCAGCUUAGUGAGGACAGAGGGCAGCAGAAGACCCCACAGUCCCCUGGAGCUGGAAGGCACCUUGACAUGUAUUGUCACUCAUCCGCCCAAGAUCCCCCAGGGUGGCAUCGUGUCCCCCUUUACAGGUGAUGAGCCUCGGGUUCAGAGAGGUUAGGCCGUCAGCUCAGGGUUCCUAACAGGUAGAGAGGCAAGAUUUGAACCAGGUCUAUUUUUAAACCAAAACUCCCAAUUAACCAAACUCCCAAUUAACCGUUGUUAGGAAUCUUGUAACUAGUAUGUUCUCUUCUUGGUUGCGGCUACUGGAAGCUCAAUGUCAAAUUUGAGAUCAUUUUUAACAACUCUACUGAGUCUCCUGCUGGACUCACUCCAUUCUAGCUUUCCGCUUGCUCCUUUGCCUUGAUCUUUUUAUUUUUAUUCUAUUGUAUUUUAUAUAUUUUUGUAAGUUGCCACAAUAUUUUUUUGCAUCAAGGUGGCCUAUGUAUAAAUAAAAUCCAUCACUGAAAGCUUAAUUUAAAAGUCUUAACUGAAUACCGUGGUCUAGGGCUGGGGCAUGGCUCAGGGGCAAAGGGCUUGCCUGGCCUGUUCGAGGCCCUGGGUUCCAGCCC